CUUGCAGCUAAUCGUUGCGCUUCAUGUGGUUUUGCUAGGUGAGCGCACGCACACUGCACUGAAGAGUUUAGAAGCACAGCGGAAGUGUUACCCCGUCAGGAGCAGCGAGAGUGAGUGCUGAAUUUAGCGGGGACUCAGGUGUCAUGAUGUGGGCUCGGUUGACGGUUGGAGCCGGGGCUUCGGGGCUCGGGUUGCGGGCUGCAGGGGACGGUUUGCUGCGGUUCGUUGGAGCUGGAUGUGCGGGGAGGAGGCAGCAACAGAGCCGGGCUGCCAGCACAGAGACUGCCUUGAAGAAGACCCCACUAUUUGACUUCCACAGGGGGCAGGGAGGAAAGAUGGUGGAGUUUGCAGGCUGGAGUAUGCCCGUUCAGUAUAAAGACAGUCACAUUGCCUCUCACAUGCACACCAGAGAGCACUGCUCCAUCUUUGAUGUCAGUCACAUGUUGCAGACCAACGUCCACGGCAAAGACGGGGUGAAGUUUAUGGAGUCACUGGUGGUGGCAGACAUCGCAGAACUCAAAGACAACCAGGGCACGUUGACCCUCUUCACUAAUGAGAAAGGUGGGAUUAUUGAUGACCUCAUUGUGACAAAGACGGACCAGGGCUACCUCUACGUUGUCUCCAAUGCCGGCUGUGCUGACAAGGACUCUGUUCAUAUGAAGGCCAGACUGGCAGAGUUCAAAUAUGCAGGUUCUGAUGUGGAUCUGGAGUUUCUUGAUUGUGCACUGAUUGCUGUGCAAGGUCCCACUAUGUCUCAGGUGCUCCAGGCGGGAUUGAAGGAGGACCUCAGUAAGCUAACUUUCAUGACCUCUGCCCUGGCCACAGUGUUCGGUGUCCCUGACUGCAGACUAACUCGAUGUGGAUACACUGGAGAGGACGGGGUGGAGAUCUCCGUCCCUGAGUCCAGAGUGGUGGAGCUGACGGAGAAGCUACUGACCAACAGUGAAGUGAAGCUGGCCGGGCUGGGAGCUAGGGACAGCCUACGACUGGAGGCGGGGCUUUGUCUUUAUGGCAAUGACAUCGAUGAGACCACUACACCUGUGGAGGCCACGCUUGUCUGGACCAUAGGAAAGCGCAGACGUCAGGCCAAAGAUUUUCCCGGUGCUGACAUCAUCAUACCUCAGAUCAAAGCCAAGACAGCCAGGAAGAGAGUGGGUCUGGUGUCCACCGGCCCCCCAGUCCGGCAGCACACCCCUAUUCUCAGCCCUGAUGGAAAGGUCAUAGGUGAGGUGACCAGCGGCUGCCCCUCUCCCUGCCUGAAAAAGAACAUUGCCAUGGGUUACGUGGAUGCGGCAUUCGCCAAAAAUGGAACAGCCAUCCAGGUCGAGGUCAGGAAAAAGGCAGUGCCGGCCACCGUCAGCAAGAUGCCCUUUGUGCCCACCAAGUACUAUACUGGUUAGGAGAGACACUUGUAUGGCGAGUAUAGGUGCUACUGAGCGUUCCUUCAAACGAUCCCGUAUUUGCCAGCACUACCCCUUCAUUCUUAGCUCACUAUUUAAAAUGUACAAACCUUCACUGGUGAGUCCAACAGAGGAAAAAUUAGUCCAAAAAUUACUACUGACUAUUGAUCGGUCACUGUAACGCACAAAUAUAUUAAGUUUAAAGUACUCAGUGUUCAUAUUCAGAGUCACCAGGGCUGCUGCUUUGAGAAUGGACAUUAUAGGAGCUCAUGUAGAGAACAGGGUGUCCAGAUGACCCUCUUCAUAAUAGAUUGCAAAGCAUUUUUAUCCCUUGUCCCCCCCAUCCCACGUAUUAAGAGUGUGUUCCACAUUUUGACUGGCUCUGCAGGAUGUGCAUGUCUAUAAAGUCUGGCUUGCAAUCAAGCUGUCUGAAGACAGCAGGGAAGGCCUUAUAUUCAAGUGGAAGUUAGUCCCACGUAGAGUCAUGUAGCUCUGCCCAUCAGGGAAAGAUGAUUUUCGGAAAUGUGAUGGAAACUGCCACAAAGAAAAUUAUUACGUUAAACUGGGAAAUUCAAUUUUUGUCCAGCUAAAAAGUUCCACAUUGUCUCUGUGUUUUUUUUUUUUUUUUAAAUUUACUUUGCCGCACUUUAAUUUUUCCAGUGGGAGUAACAAAGAUGUAAACACUAGCAUUUCACUUUUUAUUGCUAACAAAACAUGAAAUCAUUUCAGUUUGUCACUGUUGGACCAAAACAGAAACUGCACAUGACACAUUUCCCUUUCUAAGGUUUUCUGAAUGUUAUAAACCAAAUUUCCAGUGACGAUGGUUUUAUAAAAUGCCUGAUUUGUAAACAGUGGCGACUUGUUGUCCUUCCAUGCAAAAUGUCUCUGUCUGAAGUGUUGUAGUUUUUACUUUACUUUACUUUUUUACUCUUGGUUUGGUGAUUCAUAAAGAAAUCGUAAGAUAAAAACACUUUGCACCUGGGCAACAUGUGGUACAAGACUAACUUGAAAAGAUGUUAAUUGUAAUUAUUUUCUGUUUUCUGUCUGCUUCUAAUGAAAUUUUAAUUAUCAAAUGGGACACUGUCUUAUGACUUAUGCAUGUCUGCAAAACUAAUGACUCUUAGGUUCUCUUGAGUAUUUGCUGUAUGUGAGUUUGUACUAAUACUUGGACUAAUUAUGGAGUUUUUGUAAACAUUUUCUAUUGAUAUGAGGUCUUUUCUUUAAUAAAGGUGAUUUUGUUCAGUC